GAACAAGGACAACAAGCCAGCGGGAAGAAUUUGCCCAAGAUGGCGUCCGUACCAGUGGUUCAAAAUGAAUCUUGGUACCUAUCACUACUCGGUAUAGCGGAGUCAUUUAGGACUGCUAGCCCACCAAAAAUCAAACAUUGUAUUCAUUGUUUACAGUCUAUAUUUCAAUUUAAACCCCCUCUCGCAAUUGAAGCCAGGACGCGUCUGCAACUCGGAAGUUUAUUGUUCGCUCACACCAAAAACAUCGACUUGGCCCGCACACAUUUGGAACGAGCAUGGAUGAUAGCUCAAAGUCAAACGAUACCAGCAUUUGAAGAAGUUAAAUUUGAAUCAGCAAGCUUGCUUGCAGAAAUACAUCAACAACAGAAACAAUUUCAAUUUGCGAAGCAGAUUCUUCGGAAGGCUAUCAGCAGUUCUCAGCAAGUAGCCUACUGGCACUGUCGUUUGCUAUUCCAGUUGGCACAAAUUCAUACGCAUGAGAAAGACUUUUUGUCAGCAUGUGAAUUACUUGGCGUUGGUGCGGACUAUGCAGCAGUUGCCGGCUCAGAAUAUACCCAGACACUCUUUCUUCUUAGUAAAGGAAUGCUGCUAUUAAUCGAACAUAAGUUGAGCGAGGUGCAUACAGUGUUGUCAAAGUGUGGGACAUUGAUUGAACAUAGCCAGAUUAACCCUACACUCAAGGAAUCCUUGACUGUGUUUUUUCUUGUGUUACAAGUCUCGCAUUACCUUGUUGCUGGACAGGUGAGAGGCGUUAAGCAACCUCUUAAAUCAUUACAACAAGCCAUUCAAAAGAUUACAAAUCUAAAUAGUGACGAUGAACCCUUGCCCCCAAAUCCUGCUGACUAUUUUCACUGGUUACCAAAGGAACAUAUGUGUGUACUUGUCUAUCUAAUUACCGUUAUGCACUCUAUGCAGUCUGGUUACAUGGACAAAGCACAUAAGUACACGGACAAAGCCCUGUUGCAGAUUGAGAAGUUAAAAAUCAUUGAUUCACAUCCUAUUCUUGCUGCAUUCCAACUGAUGCUGCUGGAACACAUUAUCAUGUGUAGACUUGUAAUGGGCCAAAAGUCUGCUGCAAUCCAGGAGAUUUCACAAGCGUGUCAAGUGUGCACACAGAACCCCCGAUUAUUCAGUACACAUGGCUCGCAGCUGCACACACUAUUAGGUCUGUACGCAAUGUCAAUGAACUGCAUGGAGCGGGCAGAAGCACAGUUCAACACAGCAUUAAGGCUAACGUCAAGUACGGAGCUUUGGCAAUUCAUCUCAUUCAACUUAGCCAUUGUGUAUUUAAGGACAGGAAAACAACAAGAUCUUGUGAAUAUUUUAGAAAGGAUAGAUCCAGAGAGGACACAGAUAGCAUCACACAGUCUCAGGGCAGCAGGUUACUAUGUCAGGGGUCUGCAGGCAUUCUUUCAGGCCAGAUAUAAUGAAGCUAAACGAUACCUGAGGGAAACGUUGAAGAUGACUAACCUAGAGGAUCUCAACCGGUUAACUGCUUGUUCAUUAGUUUUGUUGGGGCACAUAUUCCUUUCAGUGGGAAACACGACUGAGAGCAUGAACAUGGUGUCCCCUGCAAUGCAACUGGCAAGUAAAAUACCAGAUUUACAUGUUCAGCUUUGGGCAUCGGCAUUAUUGAGAGACUUGUAUCAAAUGCUGAGAGACCCCAUACGACAGGCAGAGAGUUAUCAAAUGCACAAUGACUUUUCGCAGCAGUUAUUAAAGGACCAUUACCAGUCAUCACAACAACCAGAGCAUAACUUGUUACAGUGGGUAGAUGGUCCCUUGCCUCCAUUUGUGUUCAACUCAGGUGGACCGAGCAGUAGCCUUUUAUAGCAUUACCCCAGAAAUGUACAGAGACAAUGUCAUACAAGCAUCGAGGAUGUGCUAUGAUGUUAGGCAUCAGUAUGUGUGUCAUAGAUGACAGAAAAGGUAGUUUACAGUCAGUGACAAUGGCUGUGACAAUGCUGAGAAGACUGCAUAUUUACACAAUGUUUUUCUUGACACCUGCCAUCAACUAUAUCCAAAAAGGCAAUUUAAUAGUGAAAUGGCGAGUGUGUUAUGAUCAUAUUAAACUAGUAAGUCAGCGGUUCACAGUAUUUGGGUAAAUGGUUAUGAAGUAUGUACUGAAUGAGUUGGAUUUGCUGAUAGAUAUCUGGUUUGAACCAGAUUGAUCCAGACAGUGGGAAAACAGAUAGGUCCUAAAUCAGCUUUUCCUGAGAUGAAAAAUGUGACACUGUCAUAUCAAAGAAUUAAACAUUACAAUUAUUCAAUUUGUAUCAUAUAUACUUUGAAAUGUGUGCAUCAACUUUUUGAGAACAUAGUGCCAAAGCCUGUGACGUUUUAGUGACAAAUUCAGUCUCAUCUAAGCAGUAGGAAGCUUGAAAGUCAUGGAAUCAGUGAAGAUUAUUUAUAACAUGCUUUAUAUGUAUCGGAAACAACUAAUUGCUGACUGAAGCAUGUAACAGUAAUGUUCGGUAUAGAAGACUCGCGUUACGACUCUCCUUAAAAAUGGAGAUGACCAGUCUGAAUGAGAUUGAACCUAACUGAGCCAGAUUUCUUAGAUAAUCCAGCUUUUAUUGGGAUGUAUAAAUGGAUGAUUUCCUGAAUGACUGACAAAUGAAAUUAUUUUUGUAAAAAAUAAGACCACAUAUUAAAAAAAACUAUUUAAAUUAUUCUUCAAAUUGUGAAAUGAAUUUAAAUGUUGUGUACUUUCUGGAUAAUGCAUUCAAUGGUAUAUUGGAUAAUCAAUUUAUUUAAUUUGUUGAGGUUGACAGUAGCUAGGAACAUGUUAAUAGCAGGUAUUUCAGGUAAUUAUAAGGUGAUUUCAUGUCAAUAUUGGUGUUGUAGUUCAGUAGAUUGUAACCGAAGUCAAAAGCACAUGAUAUUAAACACAUUUGUUGAGAUAUAGCACCUUAUAAUGCAUUUUAGUAAACUAAGUCUUCUUUAUGAUUUAAAACCUUUGUAACUUAAAAAUAAUCAUGCUCCUAAAAUAUUAGGUAACAAGCAGACAAUAUCUUUGCGAGUAACUUCUCUUUAAUCUUUGACCCUAUCAUUCAAGUAUCUGCUCACACUUAAAUGCAGUUUUUAGGCUGUAGAUGAACUGGGCUGUGGUAUUAAGAUAUUUAUUUAAUUGUUGAUCGAUGAAAGUUAAAGCCUACUUUUGGCCAAGCAUUACAAUCCUUAUAGCAAGCUUAAAAUACAUGUCAAUCCCUCACCUUUUAGCCAGCAAGAAUGAAAAAAAUAGGGGUAGUGUACUUUUUUCAUUUAUACUAGAUAAGUUAAUUUGACAACAGGUAAACAUUAUUCAAAUCAAUUCAUUCAAAAGAGAGAUUUGUUCCUUUACUAAAAUUUAAUGCAAGUUGUAGCAUGUAUAAGGUGCUUGCCUUUCAGUGCAAGCAUUUUUAGUUCAAAUAAUAUGUGACUGGCUAUGGCAAAACCCGCAAUUUGUCGCAAUUUCUAAUUUCCCACAAACACCGAAAAUGUUCUAGAAUUAGAA